AUUAAAAGUCAAGUCAAAAAAGAAAAAAGAAUAAAAAAAGAUUGAUUUUAAGGAAACGUCAUGGUUGUUGACGGCGUUGUGAUCAUUGUCCCCGAAGAUGAUGGGGACCGCGAAGAGGGUGAAAUUGUCGAUGAGUUCGAAAUGAUUAUGUCGUCCGAGGAUGAGGAGUUUAAAUUGCGUGCCAGGAUCCAGCAAUUGGAAGAGAACAACAAAGACGUUGAACGAAUGGAAAUGAUGUUAUCAACAAAUCUGGCCACUUCCACUCAAUACAAUUAUGAAAAGCCAUUUGGGCGUUAUAAUAGUCAGCAUAUAGCCCCAGUCCAAGUUCUAUCCGAUGUAUCUAGUCAAUCGGAUAGCGAGUAUGAGUCACAGAGGAAGUAUUGCAAACAUAAAAUAAAACGCAUGGAUAGCAAAAGACACGAGGGACCAGCGCGCUCUGUUAGUUCAGUAAGUAGAACAGUUGUCGGAGGAGGCUCAGUCAAUUAUAGGCGUCAUUGGCCUUAUGUGCCACGUCGCUCCAAAUUAAAGCCGCAUGUUAAACAGCAGCGUCGCCCGAAACAAACUUAUAAUCAUCACAAGUCGAACUACUAUCCACAUCAUCAGGAUAACAUUUCGGUAGAUUCCAUGGAUGAGGACGAUGAGGUCUAUCAAUACGAUUGUAAUGACGGCGAUGAAGACGGAGAUGAUGAUACGUUGGCAAGAAUAAAUCGACUCAAACUAAGUAGAAAAAAAUUGCGUGUUGCCCUGGCCAGAGAGGGAACAAAUGAGUUGAUGUGUGGCCAGUACAAGCAUAGUCUAAAGGAGCGACUUUUAGGUCGCAGGCGUGAGAAGUCACCCAGUCCGAUUCCGUUGAGCAGCAGGCAUAGGAACAAAGAGUUUAAACAUGAAUCCGAAAUGCAAUUGCCCGAACUGGCACAGGAAGCGGAUGAUGAUGAGGGUGUAGCAAGGUCGACCAAUAGCGACAAUAACAAUCACGAACAUCCAAAUGAGGAUCCUGCUGAGCUCAAACUCCGCUUAAUAGCCCUCAAAUCAGCAAUUCUAAAGAAACAUUUGGCUCGCAAGAAGAGGGAUGCCGAACGUGCCUAUUCACCCACCGAUAUGAUCAAUCGUGUUCAUCCUACAAUUAGUAAUGAUUGCGAUAUUGAUGAUCUCAUGGAGAUCAGUCCAGCAGCAUCGCCUGAACGUGUGCCUAGUCCAGUACCGCCGCCGCCGCAAAUAGAUUUUGAACAAACUGUCGAUACGAAGCCAGUUGACAUGGAUCUGGUUGAAACGGAUAGCGAUGAUCAGCGUCGCAUGGAUUCAUGGAAUCCAUGGCCAAAUAAUUAUAAUUCCAUCCAUGCAGCUGGUGGAAGUUUUCGUUGUUUUAUGCCCAGCAUACCGGUGCCCAAUGUCUCCGUUCCAAUUGUUAUUGAUGAUAACGAGGAUGGCGAUGUGGAGGACGAGUUGGCAUAUCAUCAUCGGCACCACAAACGCAAAGUGCGGUUACAGUCCUAUGAUGAUGACGAAGUUGCCCCACCACCGCCUCCAUUUAACAUUCCACACAUGCAAAUCGUGGACAUGGAUGACGAUAACGAUAAUGCCAGGGAUGGGCUCAAUGUGGUUGAAGAUUCGUUUACGGAUAUUCAGUCCAUUUCAAUGGAUAAUUCCCAAACACGACAGAGUUUUCAAUCGACUGACGAUGAAGCUGGAGAAUUGCGUGCCAUGCUGCUAUCAAAUCUAAAGCCCAGCAAAGAGACUCAACAACCACAGCCAGUACCUGCUCCAGUACCUGCUUCAGUAUCAGCGACUGUACCUGCAUCACUGCCAUCACCAGAAGUGGUAACCAACGAUCAUGAUUCAGAUGAUCCUGAAGCAUUGCGUUCUCUACUUCUAUCUAGCAUUGCCUCAAAGAAAAAGACCACUGUUAUAUAUCAACAUCGGGAAGUGCUUAGUCCAAAUGAACGUCUAAAGAAUGCUGUUAAACGUUUUCAGGAAGUGCCCCUUCCUGCUCUUGUUCCAUCAGUUCCCGUGGUUCCUAUGCCCGUUCCUCCUCAUCCUUCUAUUGUUAAUGUCCCGCCAGAAGCAACAGAGACAACUUCAGAGAUCUCGCAAGAGGUCGUUCCAGUGAUAUCAUUAGACAUCCCGCCAGAAAUAUCGCCAGAUCCACCUUCAGAGGUACCGUCAGAGAUACCGCUAGGCACUCCAUCAGAGAUACCGCCAGAGAUUCCGUUGGAGAUUCCAUCAGAAACUCCUGCAGCCAAAAUACCUCAAAAUAUUAUUAAAAUUGUUAAACCCAAUAAGGUGAUCAAUAAGAAAACAGCCAUCAAGCGUAAAAUGGUCACAGAGGAAGCGGUUACACGUCCCUCAACACUUCUGGUUAAGGAAACCAGUGCUCCGUUGCUCGGACAUAAUUCCUCAGGUGGUUCCUCGAUGGCUACAACUGCUCGCCUUAUCACGACGGUCGAACCUGGCAGCAUAAAAGUCAAGAAGUUAAUUAUUAGCCUCGGCGAAUCCUCCGCCGGCAGUGAUGAUGAACUGGAAUUGAGUUCCUGCUAUGCCUCGUAUGCAACCACCUACACGGAUAAUGCCAGCCCCCUAAGCUUGGCCAUGGGUAGUAAUAGUGCCUCAACCACACGCUCAAAUACGCCAAAUUCUGAAAUAUUAGAACAAUCACAAUCAAAUAAUUCCAAUCCAAAUCUACGACGAACUGUGAUCAAUGAAUACUUUGAAAAGAAAUUGGAUGAUUUCCUCAAACAGGCGAGAUCCAAAGUGCCCACAGGGGUGAUGCCAAUUGCAGAAUCUGCCGAGAAGGAGCAGCAACAAGUUCUCGAGAAGGUUGUAAAGCUAAAGGCUGCUAAUGGAAUUGCAAGUAGUGCUACAGUUUCUUCCGCUGGAACACAAACAAAACCAAAGACAACUCCUGGGGCUGUUCGCCAUUUGCCAGUUGCCUCGCAAAAGGAAUAUUUACGACUGAUUGAACGCAUGCGGCUGUUGGAAAAACGAAAGGCAACAAUUGAGACCAACAACUCAACAGCGACUGAGAAAACUACUGCCUCAACAACAAGUUCACCCAAGGGUGAUCCCAAAGCCAAUGGCAUUGUAGCUGCUGCUACUGCUGCUGUAGAGCCGAGCAAAAGUGCAGUCGAACCACCAAGUACCUCCAAAGCUGGUUUAACCACGCAGCAAGCGAAAGAGAGUCGCUUAAAAGCCUUUGAGAAUUCAUUUAAUAAAAUUGGUGGCUCAAUGAUAACGAAUCUGGAGAAAUCCAUGCAAAUGGUUGCUGAAGCCAAACAAUCAAAAAUUACACGUUUACGUUGUGCACAUCGUUUGAAGGAGCUGCAUGCCGAAAUGCAGGCGGUAAAACUGUCUGUCAAGCAAGAGGAAGCGAAAUUGGCCCGAAUUCAGCCAGAGAUUCAAGCCAGUCAUGAAAUAAUCAUAUCAUUGAAACUGAAACGCAAUAAACUAUACAAUGCGGCCAUGGAACUGGGCAAAGGAUUAAGGGGCGACGACUACAGGUUAAUGGAUGAGGACAAGCCGACAAUUGUAAAGAAAUCUUCAACAUUAUCUAAGGAGAUACGUCUAUAUAAUUCCAUAGUUAAAUAUGAUGAUCUUGAUCAGCUGAUCCAGCAUGAAAAUAAAGCGGGGCAGAGUGAGCAGAUGGAUAAUGAUAAUAAUGAACAGACAGUUGAGAUGGCUAAUGAAACGGAGCCGCUGCCAAGUUCUAGCCCCAUUCAAUCAAUAGAAACCACUCAGAUAACAACAGCAGCAGCAAGUCGAUUAGAUAACCAGCCACAAGAAGAGCAAAAAGAAGACCAAAAAGAAGAGCCAGAGCCAGAGUCCGUCCCGGAACCAAUUGUGCCACCAAUCAAUGAAGAAAUGGUUGACAUCCAAAAACCUCCUGUCACUACUCCACGCUUUAUGAGAGAGUUGCGAGAGGAUGACGAGAAGGAUGUCGACGAAAAGCCCUUCGAGUCAAAAUAUCUUACUGAAUAUCGCACUCCAAUGUCACGCAAUUAUAACAGCCAAUUGGAUGUAAAUGCCACCAUUUGUCCCUUCGAUUUGAUGGGACGUUGUGAAGAUGGCGAUUGUCCCUAUCUGCAUUUAUCACAAGUGGAGGGAACCGCCACCCCAGAUCCAUGAGCUGACUUUGAAAAAAGUCAACAAACAGAAAAAAGACUAAUAUUUUUCUAAAAAAAAAAAAGAAAACAAAACCAAAUGAAAAAAAAAAACAACAAAACAAAAAAUCAUUCUAAAAUAGCGUGCUUGAAUUCUGGUAAGUUGAACUCUUCACGCAAAUUUAAUAUUUCAAUGUUGCUUUCAGUCAACGAAACCAAAA